CACAGAAAGACAACGAUCCCGUCAGCCCGUCCCGGUAGAAAGCCUCUACGAUGGCGCCCCCAGCAACCAUCACCUACUCUCUCCAUCCGACCCCCACCACCCCCUCCCAUGCCUCCCAUAUUCUGCGCUCGGCCAUCGAAGGCAUCCGAGCCCACUUGCCUCUUCGCAACCUUCACUGGAAGUCUUCCUCAAGAACUUCUCUUAGAACUAUCCAGGAGGUUGAUAUCAACUUGAUCGAUUUGGGAGAGGCCAGCUCUAUUCGGGACAAUAAUGGGAGCGUACUCGAUGCGCCUCUAGUCAACCUAUGCCUUGUCGUCUGCGAAGACGCCGACGUAUACAAGAACCAGACUCGAAAUUUUAUCAGGGACUGGCUCUCGUUGCUAGCUGCUCGGCGGACACCUCACGCUCCUCUGAUCGUUCUUGUCAAUCCGCCGAAUAUCGCCGAGAAGACGGGCAAGAAUGUCUGGGGAAAGGACAAGGGUGUGCUGGGAAAGCUCAAGGCCGACUUCAACAUCGGUAAACGAGAUAGAUGUGUCCAGCUCAACCUACCCCCUCCUGGCACCAGCGACCCCGCGGCCUGGCCAGAGCUCAUCAACAAGCUCAAGGAGAGCUUUGUGUCUGCUUUCGACUCUGCUAUUCUGGAGCGUGAAGAUGAAGUGAAGCGAGGUGAGGCUCAGCGAGUAGUUGUCGGUUGGAACUUUUGCACUUGGUUUCUGCUCAAGGAAUCGCUGGCACAGUCGUUCGAAUCAGUAAAUCUGAACGAGGACUCUCUGAUCAUCUACGAAGAGCUCGAAGCGGCAUUCAUCCAGAUAGUAAGAGAACAAAACCUCUCGUGGUUUGGCAGACUAGGUGCGACUGGCUCCAAAGACGACUCUCUGCCUAUAUUAGACACCCAGGUCAAACCCUACCGCGAUCUGCUACGGAGCAGCUCCAUCAGCAUCUUCGACUUUAGAGUCUAUCUAUUUGCAAGGCAAGGGAUCCUGCUAGGAAAGCUUGGACGGAUAACAGAGGUUGCCAAGCGGGGUCAGUGGUUUGUGGCCAGUCUGGCCAAACGUCUCCGGGAGAACGAGGCCGACUUGGCAAACCAUUUUAUCGAAUCAUGGACUUAUACGGCGUGCAUGGACGUUGUUGAAAAGUGUGACCAUUGGUCGUGUAUAGAUAGGCCCAACGGGGACUAUUCGGGCUUGACGGCGUACGAGUCGGCCAGAUCGGAACUCUUGGACAUUGCUCGUAUACAAGUCGAGCGCCUUGGCGUUUCAGUCGGCCAUCUUCCGAACGAAUACCCCUUCCAACAACCCGCCCCCCCUCAGCAAUCCAGAUCCGGCGACGUUCUUUUCGAAGACCCCUCCGAAACAUCCCAGCCCCCUUCCCCUGUCAAAUCUAAUCGCCCCGAACUGUCCAACCCCAUCCUCCUGCCCGCUAUCGCUUCCCAGGCCGAUUUUAUCCCGCUUUACCGUGACCUCACCAUCCAGGCUAUUGAGGCGUAUGAAAAGUGCAAUAAACGGGCUUCGGCUAUACGGCCAAAGACAGACUUGGUGGCUGUAUCACUACUGAACCAAGACUUUGAAGAGACAUACGACUUGUCCAGGGCGCUGGCAAAGGAGUGUGUAGACUUGCGGGUGUGGGAUCCGGUACUGCGCUACGCGCUUAGGUCGGCUCUCAAAGCGCAUGAUCAUCUGGGCAAGGCGAGAGAUAGGAGCUGGGGGGACUUGGCGGUGGCUUAUAUGAGGGUGUGUUCGGGAGAAAAGGAGGGGACGGAAGAGUUGAGGGUAGUUGUGGAUGGUCUGCAGAAAUCGCAAGCGUCUUGGGAUGUUGAGGGGCACAAGGCGUUCUCUUUGCGGGUCAAAGGCGAUGAGACGACUCUGGAUGGCGACGAGAUAACCCUAGAUGCGGAUGUGACUAAUUCACUGGACAUGUCCAUAGAGAUCACCGAGAUCUCUAUCGACCUAGUCAACGCAGCAGGGGAAAGCAUAUCGUUUUCGGUGGAGGGUUAUGUACUUGAGCCAGGAGUGAACCAUAUCCGACUCACUUCUUCUACCUCGACGCAGGGUAUUUACAUACUCCAGAGCGCAACCAUCACCCUCGGCCAAGUAAAUUUUGUCUACUAUAAGGCUGUCGAAGGCUCGACCUUCAAAGUCAGGAGGGAUGAAACGGGGGUCUCAGCCAGACUACGGAUGCCACAUGACAUCAAACUGGAUAGCGAUUCGAUGGUUGUACUCGAGAUAACGAGCGGCAAGUCGGAUCUGCAGGAAGUGUUGUUGAGCCUGCGAUCGUUGAAUGGAGAAAUCCGGUAUAUGUUGGGAGCUGCCACGAGAGAGGGCAAAAAGCUAGAUCUGAACGACCAGGGCGAGAUCGUUGUUGGCGCGAUAGCGAUUGAGGAGGUUGUGGAGAUUAUAAUUCCCUAUAGCGGUGUUCCCCAAGGAGAUUCUGCCCAGGCGUAUAUCGCCUUGGAGUAUGAGGCCAACGGAAAGCUGCGCGAAUGGGUAGACACCCAAAAGGUCAAUAUGAGCUUGCCAUUGACUGUCAACGUUCAAGACUUUUUCCGUCCACAAUUCCUUCUCUCACAUUUUACGAUCUCCUCAGAAGAGACGGAUUCGCUUAGGGUGCAGUCUGUCGAGCUGAAGGCGUCUGAGGAAAGUGAAUACGCAGUUGAAGCAUGUAGGAAGGAAUGGAACGAGACAAUCGUCGUCAAUCCUGGACAGCCGCUGUCCUGUUUAUUCAAGAUACGGCGGAAAGAGUCGGGCGACCCAUCAGUCGCUCUCAGGAUGGUCAUCAAGUAUCGAAACAUAGAGCAAGAAAUACGCCACUCUGUCGCCGCUGCCAUUCGGACUCUUCCUCCUGUGUCUCGUGCACCCGUCGGACGCAAGAUUCGGCCACUCCUUUCGGUCAGCUCAAAUUGGAAGGCGUAUCUUGUGGGUGAGCCGUUGAGUCAACUUCUACGACCAGCCCUUGAAGACGACAUACCGGACGUGGAAUCGUUCUGCAGAGUAGGUCUGACUGGGUAGAGAUGAUAGCGUUGGUACUCACUCUUGAUAUAGGCUUUGGACGCAGUUGAACAACCUGUCUGGCGAAGCCUGGAGAUACCGGUGGAUGUGCCUCAACGAAGGGUAAGCGACAUACGGUGCAUAAUAGCACUCACUGAUCGAUGCUUCAGCUUCUCACAUCUAUCCGAAUCACUCCCCGCUCCACCUCCGGCCGAGGUCUGAUCUAUCAAGGCCAGCCUCUUGCCAUGGUCAUCAGCCUCUCGACUUCUCCUCUUUGGAUGGGCCUGCCCACGCUUUUGUCUGAUGAAGAGAAGAAUCAGAAGCUCGUAUUCGACGUGCAGGUCAAUGCGGACGAUUGGCUGGUAUUGGGCAAGAAGAAGGGGUGCUAUACGGCGGAUCCUGGCAAGGACGAAGAGCAAGAAGUAAUGCUUCUGCCACUCCGUUCUGGUACAUUGUUCCUGCCCACCGUCUCUGUGCAGCCACUCGACAACUUGACCCCUCCAGACGCAUCUGACAAGAGUCAGGCCCGCAGCCAGGUACUUUGCGAGUCGUUUGUCGAGAACGCGGCCGAAGUGGUGAGGGUUCUAUCAGCACAGAAGGAGGUGACCGCUCUAGUACCUGCUGCACUUCCUGCAGGUAUACCAGCGAGAGAUUGGGAAGACGAUCAUCUGUGAGACUGGCCUACUGGAGGUUGAGUGACGUACACAGUGACGUGCGUGAGGAUCUUGAUGCCGGUAAAGGUGUCCACCGACAGCGUGUACGAUCCGCGUGCGUGGUACCAGCAGAAAUGCAUGCAUCUACAUUACGCAAGCUGACCGAAUGCCACUCCGAAUGGCAACCGCGCUCUGUCCGCGCCAAUCUGUAAAUGGAACCAAACACCGCGCCUCCGCCAAUUGCGAAUCGACCCGAGUUCCGAAAUGUCCCGAGCGUUAUUGGUGGUUGCGGAUGGCAUUUGGUUUCUUGCGUGCAUCGCUGGUGCUUGGCCCUCC